AUGGACUCGGUCAUUUAUAUCCCGGUUGCAGAGCAUUUCAACGACAUGCAGCGCGCAUCCUGGAUUGUCAACAGCUAUCUCAUUACUUCGGCAUCAAUGCAGCCCAUCUAUGGGAAGUGCAGUGAUAUUGUCGGACGUGUCCCUAUCUUGGCCGCUGCAGUUAUGUUCCUAUUUAUCGGCUCGCUGCUCUGCGCAGUCUCCAACUCGAUGGACAUGCUCAUUGCAUGUCGCUCAAUACAGGGUUUAGGGACUGCGGGACUGUUCACCAUCGUCAACGUGGUCAUUGUUGACCUAUAUGCUGAACGCAAACGAGGUAAGCUGAUGGGAUACUCGUCGUCAGCCUGGUCUCUCUCUGCUGCAUCUGGUGCAGUAAUUGGCGGCGUGCUUGCGGAAAAGGGAAAAUGGCGGGUGGCAUUUUGGCUCAAUCUCACAACUAGUGUUCUCGCUGGCGGAGUCAUUCUCACCACUAUUCGCGUACCCAAGCCAAGCGGGACGCGCAGAGAAAAGCUCGGCCGGGUGGACUUUGGUGGGUCGGCCAUUUCUCUGGUCAGCAUCGUGCUAGUGCUACUGGCGCUCUCGUGGGGCGGACAGCAGUAUCCGUGGUCAUCAGCACGUGUCAUCUGCUGCAUCGUCUUUGGAGUGCUAAUCGGGGCUCUGUUCGUUUUCUACGAAGCCAAGUACGCCAAGGAGCCUAUCCUACCCAUGUACCUGUUCAAGACACGGAACAUUGCACUUUCGGUGUUUGGUCACCUGUUCUAUGGCGCGGUUGUCUACGCCCCCCUUAUCUUCAUUCCUCAGUGGGCGCUGGUAGUCAAGAAUACGACGCCUUUAACAUCAUCUCUUUACACAAUUCCUAUGAGCAUAGCCGAGGGGAUCGUAGUCGGGCUCAUUGGCCUCGCUGUUACCAAGACUGGGCGGUACCGGGAGUGUCUAUGGUUUGGCAGUGUAUGUUUGCUUGUUGCAGCUUCAUUGCUGAUAACUCUGGACGGGAAUUCUAGCUCGGGCAAAGUUGUUGGGUUUAUGGUCCUCUAUGGAGUUGGCUUUGGUGCGUGCAUCCAGACGCUCCUUCUCACAGCGCAGGUUUGCGCAGAGGGCAAGGACUCCGCAGCAACAACUGCUGCGUGUCUUUUUAUCCGCUCCGUGGGAAAUAUGGUUGUGGUUGCUGUGCUGAGCUCAGUCAGCGAAAAUAAACGCAAAACAGAGUUUGCCAAGGUCAUGGCUCUGUUUCCCGACUACGCCGACUCGAUAGCAAGGAUAGCUAAGAACCAGUCAUUGAUUCACAAGCUUGCCCUGCCGGAUGAUGUCUAUAACCGCGUCAUGGAUGUGUUCAUGAAGUCGAUGCGCUCCGCUUUUAUUGCCUUGGUUCCUUUUGCAGUUAUAUUUUUACUGAUAGUGCUGUUUAUCGAGCACAAGAGACUGAGCACGGUCAAAAAGGUCACGAUUCAAUAG